GUAAACACGACUUGGCAUGUCCCUCUUUUUGUUUUACAGUUGUAGAUCACAGUGUGUUGUCGUCCAGUCAGAGUGCAGCUCUUAACUCGUAGCUGACCUCUAGGCAGACUACACUCUGGACCUGCAGCUGCAAUCUGACAUUAGAUUUUUCUCACACACUGGGGAUCUUUUUGUGUUUCACACACGAUGCAGGUACCCACGUAUCCUCUUCUUCCCCUCUCCCUCCUGCUCCUUCAUUCUGUCGCUCCAGUACACGGAGGCCAUGCUCUGGUUUUUCCGGGAGAGUUCAGCCAUUGGUUGAACAUGCGGACCAUCAUAGAAGAGCUGGUGAAGAAAAACCACUCGGUCACCAUCCUAGUGCCCGAUGCAUCGCCGACUGUCAACUACAACAACAGCCGCGACGCCGCCAAGUUCAACUUCCUGGUUUUCAAGGUGCCAUACAGCAAGGAGGAAUAUUUGAGCCCCAUUGAGAAAUUCAUCCACUUCUCCAUGCACGACCCCUCAAUGCUGCAAGUGGCCAUGAAGCUGAUCGACUUCAUGGGGCGGAGCUUGGACUUCGGGAGGCAGCAGUGUGACGGGAUUCUAAAGAACGAUCAGUUGAUGGCAACUCUGCGGGAUGCCGCUUUCGACGUGGUCCUACUUGACUCCUUGGUAAUGUGUGGCGACCUGGUGGCUGAUGUGCUCGGCGUGCCGCUCGUCAUCUCGCUACGCUUGAGCUUAGGCAGUGUUUUUGAGCGUCACUGUGGCCACGCUGUGUUUCUGCCGUCUUAUGUCCCGGUAGCUCCUGUGCUGUACAACGACCACAUGACGUUCACGGAGAGACUAAUCAACUUGGUGACAUAUGUGGCGUCAUCAGUGCUAACCGAACUGGGCUGGAAGCUGACGAUGGAUAAAUACUACAGUGAGAUUAAAGGAACUCCCACCAGUGUGUGUGAGACUCUGGGGAAGGCUGACGUGUGGCUCAUCAGGACGUUCUGGGACAUCGAUACGCCACGGCCAACCCCACCCAACUUCAAACACGUGGGUGGUCUGAACUGCAGACCCGCCAAUCAGCUGCCAGAGGACCUGGAGGCUUUUGUGCAGAGUUCAGGUGAUGCUGGUGUAGUCGUUGUUUCUUUUGGCUCCAUGGUACCCAAUCUGACGAUGGAGCGCACCAACGUCAUCGCCACCGCCUUAGGACGAAUCCCUCAGAAGGUGAUUUGGCGUCACCGUGGUGAAGCUCCACCUGCACUUGCGCCAAACAUAAAGAUUUCUGAUUGGAUCCCUCAGAACGAUCUGCUCGGUCACCCGAAGACACGAGCAUUCGUGACUCAUGGCGGCACUAACGGUCUGUACGAAGCUGUGUUUCACGGCGUGCCUCUGGUCGGCUUGCCGGUGUUUGGCGAUCAGUCUUAUAAUCUUAACCGUAUGAGCCACCUCGGCACUGCCAUCGUCCUCGACUUCAACAAAGUGACAGCCAAGGAGCUGGCAGAAGCACUGCAUGCCAUCGUCAACCAGCCGAGCUACAAGACCAGCAUGCAGCGUCUGUCGGCGGUGCACCGCGACCAGCCGGUGACGCCACUGAAUACUGCCGUCUUCUGGUUGGAGUUUGUUAUGAGACAUGGUGGAGCUAGGCAUUUGCGGUUGGCUUCACAUAAUCUGAACUGGUUCCAGUACCACAGCUUGGACACAGGCGCUGUCCUGCUCAUCACUUUGAUGACUGCCGCUGCUUUGUGUUGGGUGGUCAUACGCUGCUUCCUGCAGCAGUGCAGACGACGAGGAGGAAGAGAGAAGGAGGACUGAAGAAAGAUAUUUUUGAAGUGCAUACCUCCACCUUUAUAGGCUCUCUUCCACCUGCUGCUUCCUCUGACUACAGAUCAUGACGUCAUCCGCAAAAACAAUAUUCAACAGAGACUCCCGCCUGAUCUCAGCCUGUCCAUUAUCACUGCAAACACAGAAGGGGCUCUGAACAGAUCCCCGAUGUGAUCCCACACCCACCUUGAACUCAUCUGUCACUCCUACAGCAUACCUCACCACGGUCUCAUUUUGAAUCUGAAGUUACACAGAGACCAUCAAAAGCUUUUUCUUUACCCAACAAGCAUCAAUAAGACAGAUAUUUAGGAGUAAACUGUUUGUAACUUGUCCUUUAAAAUGCACACGCAGAAAGUUGAUGACUGCCUUCAAGUGCUGAUUAAUGACAGAGUGAAUUAAGGCAGAUAAGGAAAACAAAUCCUGAAUAUGUUAAACACGCUUUGUUGUCCAGAUCAAUACACAAACACCGAGCCUGGAUGCAAUGAAAACCAGUUAAAAACAAACCUGGUAUCAUCCACCCCAGCGCUGUUUUUCAAAACACCCUUCACAGCAUGAAACCUGCAAUAAAUCCAGUCAGCACGACACAAGGCAGAUCAUCAUGAAACAGGAAGGAGAAGAAGUUUAGUUUAAAAGAUGCCGGGCUUUAAUCGAGGGCCAGAAAGACGCCAGAAGGCUGAACACUACAAGUGUGCUGGCUCUAAUACCGAAUCCUCGGGAAAGCAUCAAAACACUCUGCCCAUUACUGAACACACUAACGAAGACAUGCCAACAAGCCUCAUAUGCUCUGUGUGUGUGUGUGUGUGUGUGUGUGUCCUCUGUAGUGGUCCACACAUGGAAUCUAUAAUUCCUGAUUCAGCCUCCCCACUUUUUCUUUUAACUUUCCUCAUGAAAGACAAAACAGCCACGACUUUCUUCAGAGAUGCGGAAGGACACACACGGAGAUCAGCCAGAAAUAAAAUGAACAGAAACACAAACAAGAUGAAGACAGAGAAGAAGAGAGCCAUGUACCAAACAAAAACAUCAAUACGGUGACCACCAGAGACAACCACAGUAGAACAACAGAGAGGCGCUGGGACUGGACAGACCACAGGGGCUCGUGCUGUGUGAUGUGGCCCGGCAGCAGGCUCUCUCCCUGGGCACGAUGAGUGUCUGUAGUGGUCUCAUGGGCUGGAGGGGGUGACCAUCCUGAACUAAUUGGAUCAUCCUUACAUGCAUCCUGAUCCUCUGAGUCAUCACAAAUUCAGCUUUCAAAAAGCCAUGUCCUAUUAGCUGUGGUUUUGUGGUUUGUGUGUGUGUGUGUUUACCAUGACAUGAAUCGUGUGCCUCAAAGCCUUCUGUUCUUUCUCAACAUUAAAUUUAAAAAAAAAA